AUGGGAGGAGAUCAUCAUCACGAAGACAGUCAUCAUAAGAGUAAUGUCGACUAACAUGAAUUAAAGGCAGAAAUGAUCAAGGAAUUAUCUCAUUAUUACGAUCAUCAUGAUUUAUCCUUGUUCGGUAAAGUUUAACAUUUCGUCGAACACCUCUUAGAAGAAAAGCACCAUGCUAAGAUUAACACUUCAAAUUUCGAUUAGAAAAAGCUCGAAAAUUUUUCUGAAAGCAAGCAAAUUUCAAGAACUGUUUUUGCUCUUAAGAAAAUAAAAACAUUCAACCAUGAUUUCUUUACUAGUGAAGAAGAAAUGAUUUUAGAGCCUCUUCCUUUGGGUAUCUUAACUUACGGUUUAAAGUACGCUUUUGCAGGUGUUGAUGCUGCACUUCUUACUUAUUUCUGGAGAAAUUGGAAUUUUAAUGUCCGUACCAUUGGAUUAUUGGGUGGUUUAGUUGGUAUCUAAAUGGCUACCCUUCAUAUUCCUAAUUUGGUUAACGAAGUAGUCAUCUAAACUCCUAGAAGACGUGCUCUUGCUAAAAAAUAUAUCUCAGCUUAUGGUCCUUAAUUUUUCCAUGAUAUUGUCAAUCCUAAAUAUGAUAUUGAACAUCUCAGACAUCUUUAAAACAAGCUUAAUCCCUAUUGA